GUGAAGAGCUUUACGUUUGUUCUGCAUUGCCGUAUUAGGUUGAAGUGAAUUUGUUCUACUCUUUCGUAUUUACGGGCUAUCUUACGAUUAGCAGAACGACCAUGGCGUCAUCCUCGUCUUCCAGUGGCACUCCGUACCAGCGAGUCGGUGGCACUAACUCCGCGCCGCCGCCCGCCGCAGUCCUCCCGUCCGUUGAUGAGGCCGCGACUCUUUUCAACGCUAACGAGUCGCCGCGGCCCCGCUCUCCCGGACGGAUGCGGGUGACCCGGGACAACGACCUAUCCUGAGUAAAAACGUACCCACGCCAGAGUUGUAAUGCAGAUUUGCAAAGACAGGAAGACUUGUAAUGCGCAUCCCCAUGAGAGCCAUUUCCAGUCGUGUUUUGGAAUUUGUGAUGCUGUGAACAGGAUGAGCAGAUGAAUCUGUGACGCGACUGCACUUGCUAACCUGCACUACACUGCAGAGCGCAACUUGUCAUGCGUGACUCACAACACUCCUAGGCUUGUGUUGCAAAAUCCCAAUCCUGACUCUGGUGUGGGUACGUUUUUACUCAGGAUACGACCCGGCGCCCCCGCCGCCCACCGGGUGCUGCGCGAUCCGCGACCAGGACAUGGUGAUCACUGAUUUGGCCCCCUUCGAGCAGGGGAGACCGUGCUACCUCGUCGUGUUUCCGAUUUUUCUCCUCGCGGUGCUCGCGAUGUUCUUCCUCCACUUGGAGUUCGAGCUUGUGUUGCUCCGGACGCUCGACAAGGAGAAGAUCGAGGAAAAAGUGCAGAAGUUCCUGCCGGCCGGGGCCAGCUACUUCCGGAUGUCGCUGGAGUCCAUGCGCGACCGGCUGUACGUUUCCGAAUUCUCCGUGGCACUCACGAUAGGCAUCGUCCUCUUCGUCGUGUACUACGUCGGGCCGAAGAUGAUCGCGAACCGGUUUGUGAUCCCGAUCAAGACGCCCAUUAGUCUGGCCUACGUGUGGCGGGGCGCCAGUUUCGCGGUCCUGCUGGCCUUCGUCUUGGAGGCGUACGGACAGGUAGAGCUGAUGAAGAACAUUCAGUUGAAGGAGGAGGACGUCGACCCCGCCGCGAAUGGUGCGCAAGAAAAAAUAAGUCGUGCAGUGGCUAGUACAACCACGGCGAGCAUUGGUUCUCUUGCCGCGGAGAUGGAAGCAGAGGAGGCACAGUUUGACCUUCUGUCGACCCAUCUGUCAGACGGGAUGGAGCUGUUUUCGAAGGACUCGGUCCAGUCAACGAGCUUCGCGUCCGUCCCCUUGACCAUCUACAGCAUUGCCGACUACGCCUUUUCGAAUGUCUGCAACGUUGUCGCUGCGCUCUUCUCGUCGCCAGGACCAGCAUCUGGAGCAAGCAGAGAAGAAGAUGCUGUUGCGUCCUUAUCUCCUGCCUCUGCGUCGGAGAGAAUCGCAGAGAAAAUUGAUGACGUGCCAGCGAUUGCAAGGACUAGCGGAAGCGGUCGUGAGGUCGUUGGAAGUGGAGUAGAAGAAAACGCGCCGCCCGGAAGCAACCGACGACCAUUUGUCGUCGAAAACGAUGCGCUGCCAAUGAACGGCGUGGAGCUCGAAAACGCGACCACAUCAGCUUCAGAAGAUCGUGAUGAAGAACUACACAUCAUCAACAUCGACAAGGAUCCCGAUGAAAUGACUCCGCAGGAGCUGGCGCGCCACGAGCGCCAGUACCUGCAGAGUGAGGAUGACGCGGGCAAAACGUUGCGCUUGUUCGACGCGAUAAAGGACAUGGAGCCCGAAAACGACCAGGAGGGCACUCCGCUCGAGGAGCAAGAGGAUAGGCGAAGAGGACUACUACACGACAUUCGAAAUAACGAACCAAAGCCAGAAGGAGGAAGGAAUCUUAUGUCCCAGGAAGAGGCAAAGAAGCUUUUGUCGCAACGGCAACACGACAGCCCACUGAAUCAGGACCAGGGUCAACAAAAGAAGAAGAAAAAGAACUUCCGCGACAUCCUGAACAAAUCGCAGACCAUUUCGAAAUACCCCGGUUUGAUCCUCGGCGUGAUGUUCUUUGCCGCUCUGUUCGAGGAGAUCGCCAAGCUUCUGACGCUCUUGUUCGCGUUCGCGCGCGUCAAGGAGGAGAUCCUCUCUACCCCCACGUGCUGUUUUUGCCACAGCUGCGGCUUUGGCGACUGUCGCGGCUACAUUGUGCGAAGGUUUGAGGCAUUUGUGUUUUACGGUGUGUGCGUCGGUCUGGGGUUCAUGCUCACGGAAAACGUCAAGUACUUCACCAUGAUCGGUUUGUCGCCGGACAUCGGAUUUCACCGGGAGGAGGCCGAAACCGAGACCUACUGGAUGCGCCGGUUUCUCGCACUCGUGAGAAACUUGUUCAACCUGCACCCCUUCUUGACGGGGUGCGCGGCGGCAAGGUACAACAAAGACAAACAGUGUUUUCUGACUACUGUUCUGUUUUUAGAAUGAGAGACAAGGAGCAUGCCAUACCGUCCGUCCGAAAAAGCAAACAAACUUUGUUCAUCCCAAAACAGGAUAGCGCCCUUCCUCUACCAUCGCGCAGAGGUCGCUCAGCAUCCCCUGUCAUCCCCCACGGCAGCGGCGGGUUCGUCAUCUUCGCGAGGGCAGCCGGUCCCAAUUACAGAAGAGGCCGCAGGGACAUCAGCAGCGGCAGAAGGAGAAGCUGCACCAGCUCCACCGUACCAGAGCUUUGUCCGGAUUCACCAUAAUCCGGACUACACGGUGUUAUUCAAAGCCUUGUGGCUGCCCGUUUUGAUCCACACCCUGUACGACGCUGGGUCGGUGUUCAUCAUGCUCAUCUCGCCCUGGUGCCUGCUCUGGUUUCCUGUGUUGGUAUCUCUCAUCGCCAUGGUGAUCUUCUACUUCGACGUGGUUGCGCUGCGAACCUUGAAGAUCGACCCAGAUUUCUUUCUCGAGGAUGCGCCCAAUCGGAGCGGUGUCAACACCGCCGGCGGGGGACAAGAUGGUAUCAUGGCACUGCAGAGUGUGGUGUGAAUUGGAAUUUUUCAGGACCGACCGCACUCUGGUUGGUACCACCAAUGGUGCGCGUGCACCGGAAAGAGAGCGUGAGCGGAAACUGCCGGUAUCCCGAAAUUGAACUUUAAGGGUGUUGCAGCUAACGCCUUAGACAGGCGAUGGACAAGCGUGGCAAACAAAGUGACUGGUCGUGAAAGUAGACCGCAAGUAUCAGGGAGACAGGUACCUGCAGCUGUUCGGAAAUCG